GCGCAUGCCCUGAAGUGUGUAUGACCAGCGUUAGCUGCACUGAAGGCGAAGUUGCUGAAGAAAACCGGAGGAGAAAGCGUGUAGAGUGCAGGUCGAGUAGAAGUACAAAAUGAGGGAAGAGUAUAAGGCUCCGAAUUUGCAACUUUUGGCUGAUAUUGCAAACACAUUACGUAUUGAUUCUGUUAAAUCUACAGAUACGAGCAAGUCUGGACACCCGACGUCAUGUUCUUCUAUGGCAGAGGCAAUGUCGGUUCUUUUUUUCCAUGUGAUGAGGUACAAACUGUCGAGCCCUAGAGAUCCAUCGAGUGAUCGCUUCAUUCUCUCAAAGGGACAUGCUGCUCCCAUUUUGUAUGCAGCAUGGGCUGAGGCUGGUCUUUUUCCAGUGUCAGACCUCCAGAACCUGCGGAAAAUUGACAGUGACCUUGAAGGUCAUCCAACACCAAGACUUAAUUUUGUCGAUGUUGGAACUGGCUCUCUGGGACAGGGUCUCUCUGUUGCUUGUGGAAUGGCUUAUGUUGGAAAGUAUUUUGACAAAGCUUCAUACAGGGUGUACUGUCUGAUUGGAGAUGGAGAAAGUGCAGAAGGCUCCAUUUGGGAAGCACUGCAGUUUGCCAGCUAUUAUAAGCUGGACAACUUGUGUGUUAUUGUUGAUGUAAACCGUCUGGGUCAAUCAGAACCCACGUCUAUGCAGCACAAUAUGGAUGUUUACUGGAAGCGGUUGGAUUCAUUCGGAUGGAAUGCAAUUCUUGUGGAUGGACAUGAUGUUGAGGAACUUUGCAAGGCCUUCCAUGAAGCAUCCUCUACAAAAACAAAACCCACUGCACUCAUUGCAAAAACAUACAAAGGAAAGAACUUUCCCACUAUUGAAGACCAGGAAAACUGGCACGGCAAACCGUUGGGUGACAAAUCUGAAGUAGUGAUUCAGCACCUGAAUUCUCUUAUAAAAAACACAGGCCCCUUGCAAGUGGCACCUCAGAAGCCCCUGAAAGAGGAUGCCCCAAUUGUGGAUAUUAGUGGUGUGAAAUUGUCUUCCCCUCCCAGCUACAAGAUUGGAGAAACUGUGGCCACGAGAUAUGCGUACGGCACAGCUCUUGCCAAGAUCGCAGCCAACAACAGUCGUGUCAUUGCUCUUGAUGGUGACACCAAAAACUCUACCUACUCGGACAGGUUGAAGAAGGCCUUCCCAGAACGCUUCAUUGAGUGUUUCAUUGCUGAACAAAAUCUUGUUGGAGUUGCUAUUGGCGCCACCUGCAGAAACAGAACCAUCGCAUUUGUAUCAACAUUUGCAACGUUCUUCACUCGAGCCUUUGACCAGAUUCGAAUGGGAGCCAUUUCUCAGACUAAUGUAAAUUUUGUUGGUUCCCAUUGUGGAGUCAGCAUCGGAGAGGAUGGACCUAGCCAAAUGGGCCUGGAAGAUAUCGCCCUGUUCCGAAGCAUUCCAGGAUCUACUGUGUUUUAUCCCAGUGAUGCGGUUAGCACAGAACGUGCUGUGGAGCUCGCUGCAAAUACGAAGGGAAUUUGCUUCAUUCGCACUUCCAGACCUAAUACAGCCAUUCUGUAUAAAAAUGAUGAAGUACUGCAGAUUGGAAAAGCAAAAGUUUUGAAGAAGACUGAAAAUGACAAGGUAUUAGUCAUAGGUGCUGGUGUGACAUUGCACGAGGCCAUAACUGCGGCAAAUGAACUUGCCAAGGCUUCUAUCAAUGUCCGUGUGUUGGAUCCAUUCACUGUGAAGCCGAUCGAUUCAGAGACGAUCAUUGCCAAUGCCAAGGAAUGUGGUGGAAGAAUUCUAACUGUUGAGGACCACUACCCACAAGGUGGCCUGGGUGAAGCAGUACUUAGUGCAGUGGCUGAAGAAAGGAAUAUCACUGUGAAGAAAUUGGCUGUAAAUGAAGUGCCAAGAUCUGGCCCUGCAACGGUACUCUUGGAGAAAUAUGGAAUUAGUGCCAAGAGUAUUGUGAAGGCUGUUCGAGAUUUAGUUAAGUAAUGAGUACUUUUUUUUGGCACUGUACAAACUAAAUGUGCAGACAUGCUCUUCAAAAGCACAUACAGUACAGUCACAAUAUGACAACUCCCAUUGUGUCCUAGAAAGAUAUUUCUGCAAGCCCAUCCAACUUGUAUAACUGACGCACAUAUUGUUAAGCAUAAGAACGCAUUGCAAGUGCAUUUUAAGUUUGUGAAGUGAUAUCUCUUUUUUUCUUUUCAAAACAGCUUUCCCUUCAUUCAGCAAUGAAUUUGAGAAGUUCCAUUAUCUCAUUGUUAAUUGAUUUUCUGCAUUUAAAUUGUUUGUUUCUCAUUUUAUCCCACUGAUGCAGGAAUGUGUUUAUCCCACCAGCCAUUAAGGUAUGAACCUCAAACCUAGAGUUCAUAUGGGGAAAUGUUUAAGGAAAAUAAUGAAUUUCCAUUAAUAUUUGUAAAUGUAAUUAAUUUGGUAACAUCUCUUUCAUUACAAAUUGGAUUAGUAAAUGUAAUGAAUAGAACUGCCGCAGCUUAAUAUAAUGUAACUGUUCUAUGCAUCAUUCUGAAUGGGUUGAAGGUUAUGUUUGGCCCUCCAGAGAGACAUUAAGUGGACUGACUUAUUAUUACUAUUAAUAUAGAUUUUUCUAUAUAGUCUGUGAUUGAAGACAACAUAAAAACUAUUUAUAUUUGGGUCUUCCCAAAUUUCCACUGCAUUUAAUGUAACAGUAGGUGAUUUCUCUGAGAUUGAAAACAGGUGAUGUGAUAGUGGAGAUCAUUUAUAUACCUCUAGUGUGUCAAACUUAUGUGUUUAAUGGUACAAGAAUCAAAAGGGUUAUUAAUUGUUCAUUACAAAAUAAGGUCAUCGGUUCACAUAUACAUACAGAAAUCUGUCUUACAGGGUGAUGUCAUGUUCAUUAUUCUGUAAUGCUUUAGCAUAAAAAUUGUUUCAGUAAUUUCCCUCACAAUAUUAUGCAUUUUUUUUGUCAAAAAUGCUAUUUCAUUUUAAAAUAUGUAAAUCUGAUUAACUACCGUUUACAAAAUUUCCAUUAGUAUUAAUUUACAUCUGUAUGGCCCUCCAUGAAGCUGCCCUUGCUAAAUUCUGUGUAGCUAACCCUUUCACAAUUUCAUCCAUUGAGUAUCAUAUUUAUGCACGCUUGUGAAUGCGCACAAACAUAUUCUGCUGCCAGGUCUCUUUUUGUUUAAUUCCUGAUAUUUUUAUGCUUGGCAUCACCAAAAUAAUUUAACAACAAUAAAAAUGCUAGGUCAGUAGUUGCCAUCAAUCUGUGAGCUAUUUCAGGUUAGGUAAAUACUUCAUUGUCUACAAACAUUGGGCUAGCGCACUGUCGUUCUCAUUUGGUGUCAGGCCUUGCUGUAACUGAAGGUGACAUCCCUCAGUGCUCUGCCACUUGCCUGUGCACUUUCACCUUUUAUCGAGCUUGCAGAUUUGUGCUGGCUUCUAUAAAUGUGCUUUAUUGCAGUGAUUUGUGUUUCAUUGAAUGUGAGGUUGGGGUUGGUAUUUCUUGCAUUUUCUGAGAAGCAGUGACUUCUCUCAACAGAAUAUUAAAUCAGAAAGUAUAUUGACAGGUGGUUAUAUUUUAAAUUAUAAAUCACUUUUAUUAAUGCAAAUUUUAUAUUAAAAUUGUUAUUUAGUGUUGAUGGCUCAGAAUUGUAUUUUGUCCAUAUCAGCGGUCUUGUCUGUGAUAAAAUUUGUUGACUGGUAUGGCAUGCCUAUGCAUUAUCCCAACCUUGUUACAGGGAAAUGGCUUUUGUACUGAGUAAUGUAAACUGCGGUUUUCUGGAAAAUUUGUAUGUGCCAUAGAGUUUGAGCCUGCUUGGUAUUCUUCAAAGUUAUUGCAUAUGUUCUUGUUAAUAUGGACAUAGCAGAAGACCAUAAAGCCUAUAAAGUUGUGGACUUUGCGGUUAUACCUGUAUGUUGCAAGCUAUUUUAGAUUUAAGAGCAUAUGUUACAGAUUUUAAUGGCUGCAUAUUGCACACCAAUACUAGAACAUUCCAUUUUAGUUAAGUAACUUACAUUGAUGUUGGGUGGGUACUGGUAUUUUGUAGUAUAGUUAAAUGGGCUGGAAUGUAUGGUAUAGGAAGUCCUUCCACAGGGCCUCUAUUUCAAAUAAUUUGUAUUUCUGUGUGAAAGUUCUUAUACGUUUAAUGUUUGCCAUCCGAAACUUUUUCUUCUUUUUCUGAGUAUUCCAUACAGCUUUACAUAUGGAGCAUUCAGUGGGUGAACAAGGCAUAAUGAAUGGUUAAGUACAUUCCUUAUUUCUAUUUGUGCUGUUUACAUGCAAUAAAUAAUUGACAUUCCACUUACAAAUAGCAGAA